AUGGGCACUUGGACUUCAUCAUGUAUUUCCCACUCGGCACUGUCUUCUUUUGCCUCCCGCCGUGUUCGUGUGGCGUCUGAAGCUCUGAGACCAACCUCCGCAACCCAUCCCCAUCCCCAUCCUGCUCGCCGAACACAGCUCCAGACACUCUGCCAGUUUCUCCCCAGUUCAAGCUCAUUUUUCGUCCGUCUCCCAGUGGGCAAGUUGGCCCCCUCGUCGCGACGCAUUACUGCUAGCUGGCGGCGGCGGUUACUCACUUGGCGAACCCAAGCAAGCUUGUAUGCCUCCUGCAGCCUCUGUACGAGCAAUCUGAAUCCACGGUCCUCCGGCAAACCAACUCUCAGCGUACAAUCCACACGGACUUUCUCAGCGUACAACGCCGCUCAGGGUCUCUGA